AUGUCUCUGCGACAUUCAGUAACGACUCAAGCCGCCACCCAGAAACGAUACUUCGCGACACCUGUGCCUCCCGUCACACAGAAUGCAGUUGGAUCAAAGGGGCCGACCGCUAUGGUCUUUAUGAACAUGGGUGGCCCUUCCACCACAGGCGAGGUUGGCGACUUCUUGAGCCGGCUGUUCUCAGAUGGCGAUCUGAUCCCCCUCGGGCGGCUACAGAACUACUUGGGGCCGCUGAUCGCGAAGCGCCGCACAUCUAAGAUCGAGAAGCAAUAUUCCGAGAUUGGCGGUGGCUCGCCAAUUCGCAAAUGGUCAGAAUACCAGAGCGCCGAGAUGUGCAAGAUUCUCGACAAGAUUUCCCCCGAAACCGCGCCUCACAAACCCUACGUCGCCUUCCGAUAUGCAGACCCGUUGACUGAAGAGAUGUACAACAGACUGCUGGCCGAUGGCUUUGGUAACGGCAAAGGUGGAAGAGCGGUUGCAUUUACACAAUACCCGCAGUACUCGUGCUCCACGACCGGCAGUAGUUUGAAUGAACUUUGGAAAUGGCGUCAAAGAUUAGAAGGAAAACAGGGCUCUGGAACCAUUCAGUGGAGUGUCAUCGACAGGUGGCCGGCCCAUCCCGGACUAGUUGAAGCUUUCGCAAGCAACAUCGAGAAGACAUUGGCUCAAUACCCGGAGGAACGGCGGGGCAAGGUUGUCCUUCUUUUCUCGGCCCACAGUCUACCCAUGUCUGUCGUGAAUAGAGGCGAUCCCUAUCCUGCCGAGGUGGCCGCAACAGUAUAUGCUGUCAUGCAGCGUCUAGGCUUCUCCAACCCCUAUCGGCUGUGUUGGCAGUCGCAGGUUGGACCCAGCGCCUGGCUGGGCCCCCAGACCUCUGACACCGUGGAGCAGUACAUUGAGAAGGGCCAGAAAGACCUGGUGUUGAUCCCCGUCGCCUUCACUUCGGAUCACAUCGAGACUUUGUACGAGCUUGAUCUGGAAGUGAUUGGUGAAUCAGGUCAUGCCGAUACCGUCAAACGUGUGGAGAGUUUGAACGGCAGCCCUAUCUUCAUCGAGGGACUUGCGAACAUUGCCAAGGCACAUCUUGAUAGUGGAGUCCAUUGCUCAUACCAGAUGGGUCUGAGGUGUCCUGGAUGCAAGAGCGAGAGAUGUGCUGAGUCGAAGAAGUACUUCGCCAGUCCUGAAAACGCAUUUGCAGUGUAG